AUUGCCCGCCUUCUGCGCUCUAGGUUCUCAUUGGUUGCUGGCGCAGUUACCACAGCGAUACUGUAGCAACGCCUAUCAGCACUCCUCCCUUUUGUCCAAUUAUGGCAGCUGUGUUGGCGUGUGUGGCUUCUGAUUGGUGGAGGUGUGUUCGUCGUCAUGCAGCUCUGUUGCCGAUCAAGCGCGCAAUGUAAAGGCGCAACCGCGAACAGAGCGUAUAUAUAUAUAUAUAUAUAUGUGAUUGUUUUGACGUAUUUGUGUCAACAAAUAAACAGCCAACGGUCACUCGUCUACAAACAGCAACGGAGAGGUGUUUCAGAUGAUGGUUCUUGACGGGUUCGGCUGCGGGAAGAGUCUCAGCGCGGCGGCGGCUCAGGGGAAUGUGGCCGCGGUUCGGCGGAUUCUGCAGGAUCACCGGGUCGAACCGGACACGCUCAAUGAGUUCGGGAAAACCGCACUGCAGGUGAUGAUGAUGGGCUCCACCAAUGUGGCGUGCGUGUUGCUGGAUCAUGGCGCUGACCCCAAUGUCCAGGACCGCUGCGGUGUGACCCCCGCACAUGAUGCAGCCCGCACAGGCUUCCUGGACACUGUGCGAGUUUUGGUGGACUACGGCGCCUCUGUCAAUGUCCCUGACCACAGUGGCGCUUUGCCCAUCCACAUCGCCAUCCGUGAAGGCAACUGGGACGUGGUGGAGUACCUGGCCCCGCUGUCAAACCUGGGGCAUCAGGACAACCAAGGGGCCAAUGCACUAGACGUGGCCCGGGACGCAUGCGCUCCGGAGAUGGUGGAGCUGUUAGAGCGCCUGAUGGCAAGCAGUUCGAAUUGAAGAACUAUACGGUUUGAUUCACGUGUGUGGGAGCCCGGUCUCAGUGCUCAUUAGCAGGUUGUAAUUUAUAUUAAUAUGUUGGAUGUUGAGAUAUAUGUUUCCAUAGUUGGUAGUUGAACUCAUAAUAUUAGCUGGAAUAUGUAGCACCAGUUUUGCACAAAGCAAAUCCCUGCACUGGAUUCAAGAGAGCUGCUCUCCUUCAGUCACGUGUGGGUUUGCCAUGCACACAUGUAAAUAACUUUCUUUGGUAUUUUGCUAAAUAUUUCUGUGCAGAAACUUGAACUGUUAACAUUUUUUAUUCUUGUGAAAUUAUUUCCUGCCAUCCGUGCACUGAUGAAUUUUUGUUUUGUGUGUAAGUUUGGUUGGAGUGUUAACAUCUGUAAAUAACAUUGUAUGAAUUUAUUUGACUUAUUUAUUGAAGAAUUGUAUAUUAACGUUAUGUUUACUGUGGUAUUUCAAAUGUUAUUUAUUAAGGUGUUUAAUAAACUGAAAAUUUACUUUG